CUUUUCCUUCCUUUCGUCUUUAUGGAUUCAUAUAUUCUCAAAAAACUGGAAUGUACCAAAACCACACCAAAGCCACCAAAAACAACUGCAAUAAAAGCCUUCUCCGUGAUCACAAGGAAAAGCUUAUUCAGGCUAUAAAAAGAAUCAAGCAUGAGAUAGAUGAGUGCAGAGAAGCAGAGAGAGAGACGUACAUAGAGUCUGUGGAUGUGGAGAACAGGUUUGAUGAGCUGGAACGGGAAAUCAGAUCAGAGUUUCAGAACCUCCAUCGUUUCCUGGAUGAGGAGGAGUCCAUGGACCUGGAGCGACUGAGGAAGCACAAACAGAACCAAGUGAAGCAGCUGAAGGAGAGAGAGAAGAAAAUAGCCCAGCAAGGGAGAGACUUGGAGAGAGCGAUCGCAGUGCUCAACAGCAAACUGACUGAGGAGGACAGUCCCAAGCUGCUCAAAGAAAUUCAAGAUCUCAUAAAAAGGUCCCAGGUCAGCUUUGUUCUUCCAGCAGAGGUUGACUCAGAGGUUCGGUCUGGCCAGUUUGUGGGGCCUAUCCAGUACAAGAUAUGGAAGCACAUGAAAAGCUGCCUCUACCCAAAUAUUACAUUAGUGACCUUUGACCCCGAAACAGCCCACCCUAAUCUGUCCCUGUCUGAGUCCUACACUUCAGUUUGGUUUGAGGAAGAUAAAGACACAACAGAUUGCCAGGCCAACCCACGACGGUUUCACUAUUAUUACUGUGUGUUGGGCAAGCAGAGCUUCACCACAGGCCGCCACUACUGGGAGGUGGACGUGGGCAACAAGACGGCUUGGAGGUUAGGCGUUGCGCAAGAAGAUGUCCCAAGAGGGGAGAUGGCCACGUCGGGCACCUCCAGCGGCCUCUGGACCCUAGCGCUGAAGAACGGAUCUGUCUUCGCCUGCACUGACCCGACGCCCGCCAAGAUCAAAGUGUCUCUCCGCCUUGUCCGCAUUGGCGUGUUCUUAGACUGCGAAAAAGAGGAGGUCACUUUUUAUAAUGCCAUCACCAUGGCUCCAAUAUACACCUUCUCCAUGGGAACAAUCUUGGUUCCUCUGUUCCCGUUCUAUAACCCGUGUGACUCAGACUAUGGAAAGAACCUGGCGCCAAUUAAGAACUUUCACCCCUCAUUAUAAGAAGCUGCUAUCCUCGGCUUGAACACUGAAAGUUUCCCAUAAAAAUUUAUAAUUUUACUGUUGUAGAAUGAUUACAUUUUGUGGCUGAAACAAUACGUCAGUUGAAAAUAUUUGGCAAUGAUUUGGCGUAUGAAAUGCUUUCUGUCUGAAAAUAAACUUGACAUGUUUGAGAUUUGGA